AUACGAUUUAUAAUUUAUAUUAUGAAUGUGACGGAUCAUUACGAUGUACUUGGUUGUACAAAACAAUCAACGUCGGAAGAUAUAAAACGUGCAUAUCAUGCAUUAGCUUUAAAAUUUCAUCCAGAUAAGAAUCAAUCAGAAUUUGAUAAUGCAAAGUUUCAACGUAUAUUAGAGGCUUGGAACGUGUUGCGUGAUCCUAAGUCGAGGGAAGAAUAUGACACUGUACAGAAGCAAACAGAACUAGAUUCUGAGUGUGUUACAGUAUAUGCAAGAAUACAGGCUGAAGAAUUAGAAGUAACAGAUGAUGAGGAUAUAUUAAUUUAUCGAUGUAGAUGUGGUGGAGUAUACCAGGUUCAAAAAGAAUACAUCGAGGAGAAAAAUCAAUCGAUACAUGUUCCAUGUUUGGAGUGUACUUUUGUUAUCAUUGUUGACACGUAACACUUGUACACAGAGGAUUUAAAAUGCAGCAACAUUUUCUAUUUCUUAUAAAAAAUGAUACAACAGAUAACACAUCGUUACAAAUAUAAACUAUUGAGCAAUAUACAAAUAAAAACACGAUCCUUAGAAUAUCCUAGGUUCAAUAAUAAAAAUUGCAUUUACACGAAUCGUGUUAUGUAUUGGCAUUAAAAUUUAUAAAGCUUAUUGUCAAUGGGAAUCCAGUGUUUGCGUAUUUGCUUACGUAAUUCCUAUACUGACAAAAGUUUGUAUAAAAAACUGAUUUCCUAUAAAAAUCUACAAUAAAUUGAAAUAAGCUGUAACUUGUUCAUAUUUAUUUUCACAUGACAAUUGAUUUUAUUUUGUUUAAUUGAUUCGUGCAUAUUGCACAGGAUAGGUUUGCAACUCUUAUUAUUGCACCAUGGCAAAACCAGACUUGUUACUAAUGUCAAAAUUAAUACAUUUUAUUUAAAUAUCGACGAUCCAAUCAAUUAAAUUAUUAUCACGAAUAUUGAAUUAACCCUGGUUGUUUAAAUAAUCGGCGAAUGAACAAUGAACAGUGACUGACUCCUGAACGUGUCACGCGUGGAAAAUCAAUCAAAUACUUGAAGAAAUAUUUGACAAGCGAAAAGUAUAGACUCUACGUUGCAGAGUCAUAAAUUUUUCUUGAUAAUUGCAUGCACAUGAUUCUUGUCCAUUAUGUAAUUGAUUAUGUAAAUAAUACAACUGGUUAUGAAAAGAACUCUAUAUCAUGAUAAAAUAUAUAUAGGCAAACUCGGCGAAUAUUCGGUUCUUGUUGUUUUGUAUCUUUAGAAGUGUCUUUAUUGUUAUCCUAAGGAAUUCUUGUUUCGUGUCCCAAAAUUUGUAAUCUUUUUAUUACGCGUACACGUUGAAAUGCAAUAGACAUACUAAAUUUCUGAUGUACGUGGAUAUAUCUAAAUGAUAGCUAAAUGAUUAAGGUAAAUGCAUAUCUGCAUAUUUUACGGAUUAGUUAUUACAAAAACUAAUAAAAUGUGUUGAAUGUUCUUUCUCGAAGCUGCGAUAAGGGAAUAAUUGUUCCUUUCACGUAACACGUUCAUCAACAUUCUGCUUAACGAGCAACAUAAACGAUUCAAUUUCUAAUGUAACAUAACAUUAGCAUCGCUAAAAUGCUAGAAAUCGCUAUGAUGUUUAGAAACACGAUCUUAAAAUUCGAGAAAUCAGAUAUAGAUAGAACUAUAUGAUUUUGUAUGAACAUUUGUGCACGAACAGUUUAGACUUUAGAUGAUGAAAUUAGAACUGGCGCGAAUGAAACAAAGUAGAUCUAAUGGAAAACAAUGUUCAUUUUGUUAUUAAAAAGUUAUUAAAUAUUCAUUACAUUA